AUGUCAUUUUUAAACAUCUUUGCAUUUAAUCAAGGAGAUGAAACAUAUUCAUCACCUGAAGAUGCACGCAUGAUAUCAGGUAGAUAUCGUGUUCUUCCGCAUCGGAAAUCAUUACUUUUUUGGACGUCGCCUAGUCGGGAACACAGCACAAAUAUUUCGCCAAUAUGGUUUGAAAGUGGCACAUAUGAAGGCAGUUUAAACGAAAACAGCACAUUACUUGAAGGUCUUGUAAUCGCACCUCAAAAAAAACUAGUUAAACGAGUACUUUAUGGGUUUUGGAGACGAUUAUUUAUACUUAAUAUUUUACCAUCAGCUAUUGUUCUUAUUUGGUGUGCUAUUCCUUUUCCUUUAUCAAGAUCAUAUAUAGAUAAUCCUUUAUCGCCCUUAGUAAAAGAUCGUAUUAAUUUUUGGUUUUUCUUGUUUAUAUACUAUGGGUUUUAUAAUGCAAUUGGUCUACUAUGGAUUACUAAAUUAUUUAAUUUAUUUUCCCUUAACUGGUUUCUAUUUUUAUUUAUUAAAAUUUUUCCUUCAACUAAUAAGAAUAGGUGGCCUGCUUCUUUAGGAGGUGCUAUAUCAUAUACAUUCUUUUGGACAUUUUCUGUAUUUCUUGGGAGUUUAAUUUAUCUUUUUUCUGAAAAGGCAGAAUACACUCUUACAUGGAUUCUUCUAACUUUCUGUACUAUGGCAGGUCCAAUAGUUGUUGCAUUUGCUGUUUUGCGAGCCUCAGAUAGGCAUAUGAAUCACCAUUCAUUAUCACAUACACAAGAAACAUUUUUCAACAGAACUUUUGAUUCACAUUUUCCUUCUAGUUAUAUCCGAUUCCUCUGGUUCUGUUUAAUAUUAGUUAUAGGAUUAGCAGCAUUUGCUGCUGGCGAAGCAUAUGCUAGACUAUAUUUAAAAACAUUACCUCACAGUAGUACAGAUGCUCUCCUUUAUGUAUAUUCAUGGGUUACAACGGUAUAUGUAUUAGAUAUCAUUACAUCUUGGAUUUUAAGCUAUAAAAUUAAAAGUGAAUCAUUAGCAUGGGUUUUUAAGUUAUAUUAUGCAAUGACUUUGCAAAUUUAUGUCCGAAAUUUAUAUGCUAGACUUCAUUCACCUCAACAAUUUGCAGUAAUACAAGGUGCUAGCUCAUUUACAGUAAUUAUUAUUGUCCCGGCUCUUAUGACAAAAUGGUCAUAUAAAGGAUAUUUAUUCUUUACUAAAAGUCAAGUCGAUUAUGAAUAUUAUAAAAAAAACUCUGGGAGAUCAUUUUAUAUUAAGACAUUGGCACAAAAUAUAACUAUGAUAUCGUUUUUAGGAUGGAUCUGUAUUCUUCAUUUUGGACCCAAUAAAUCCGUGUAUCCUUAUUUUACUUUUAGCUCUAAUGAAUCUUCUAAUGAUGAUGUAUACUCAUUUAGACUAACUUUCUUUGCUACUCUAGUGGUUUGGGCAUCUGAGCUUAUUAGUUCAUUUAUUACAAGAUUAAUAAUGAAAUUGUCAUUCAAAUUUGAAGUCACAAAAGAAGCAUUAAAAGAUAUGAUGGAGUUCCCGGAUAUUUUACCAGCAGCACUUGCUGUUUGCAUUCAUGUAUUACAAAAUAUGCUAUUUUCAAUUAUUCACCUUGGAUUUACAUAA